UCGUUUACCCGCCAUUUUGAAUGCAGCUUGAAGACCGGGGUGCAGCCGUGAUGUCGGAAUCGGAAAGCGUGCCGGUUGAAAACAACGUGAAAAAUGCUGCAUCAGAAGAGAAGGCCCCUCCAGAGGACAAACAGGAGGAUGGAAACUCUGCUGCUGAGGAGAGCAGUGAUGAUGAGGAGCCUAAGCUUGGCUUGCUGGACCAGCCGCUGGAGCUGUCGGGGUCUCGGCAGCGCAAGAAGGUUGAGCGGCUGGACGUGAGCUUUCGCACAGCUGCACGCGAGAGGCCCCCACCAGAACAAGGAAAGGGCACACCACUGGGUGACUGCCCCCGCAUCGAGCACAACAUCAGCCGUGAGCGCUCAGAGAGUCUGAAGGUCUUGCACCGACUGCUCUUUGGCCGACCAGGAGCGCCAUCCGAGAUCAAGAAGAAUUUGCGCAAGUUCAGUGGGUUUCCCUUUGAGAAGGACUCUGCAGAGUAUGUGAAGAGACAAAAGAUGGUGGCAAAGCUCAAGAAGACUGCCCACAAGGACUUGCUGGGUAUGCUUGACUUGGAGAAGAGUGGCACAGUCGAGGAGUGCACGGAUCGCAUUCUCGGCUUCCUGCUCAAGCCUUUUGAUAACAAGAAGCCCCUGCCAGCUGCCAAGAAGGGAAAGAGAAAGUCUACGACACCUGCUUCCACUGGCAAGGGCCAGACCAAGAAACGAAAGACUGGGACUCCCAAGGCAGAAAAGAAGGGGAAGGCAGCUCGAAAGCGGCCCGCUGAUGAAGACGAGUCUGAGGUCGAGUCCGAGAAUUCUGUGGAAAGUGAAGAGGAGGAGGAGGAGGAGGAGGAGGAAGAGAAGAAACCAGUCAAGAAGGCCAAGCCUGCAAAGAAGACCAGCACUCCUGCCAAGCGGAGGAAAGUAGCAAAGAAAGAGGAGUCUGAUGAGGACGAGUCUGACAAGAAGGAUGAGUCUGACGAGAAAGAUGACUCUGAUGAAAAGGAUGAGGAUGACAAAAAGGACAAAUCAAAUGAGAAGGACGAGUCUGAUGAGAAAGAGGACUCCAAUGAGAAGAACAGCGUUGACAAGGAAGACGAAUCUGAGGAGGAGCCUGAGAAGAAAGCCGAACCACCAAAGAAGGCUGAGGCCCCAAAGAAGGCUGAAACUGCGAAAAAGGCCGAGCCUGCUAAAAAGGCCGAGCCUGCUAAAAAGGCCGAACCUGCUAAGAAGGCCGAGCCUGCCAAGAAGGUUGAGUCUGCAAAAAAGACGGAGCUCACUAAAAAGGCAGAGCCCAUAAAGAAAUCUGAGCCUGUAAAGAAGGCCACACCCGCCAAGAAGGGUAGGAAGAAACAAGAGUCUGAAGAUGAGGACGAAGCAGAUGAGAAGCCUACUGCUGAUGGCAAGACGGAAGCACCCGCCAAGACUACCGACUGUGCAGAGCCCACGGAAGAAGACAUCAAGGAGCUGAUCAGGAAGAUCCUGGAUGGGGCAGACCUGGAGGAGAUCACCAUGAAGAAAGUCAUCCAUGCAGUCUUUGACAAGUAUCCCAACCAUGACCUUUCUGGCAAAAAAGAGUACAUCAAGUCAACAGUACGAUCGCUCAUCUCAUGAUUUGGUUCAAGCCCAAGGCCCUUGCAGCAGCGCUGAGCACGGAACGGUCCCCAAGGGUCCUUUUUAACCCCUUUUCCUAAAUUUGCUGCUGAUGUCCUUAUUCUCCUCUUCCACCGAAGAUGCACACUCCACCUGGACUGUUGCCCCCUCGUGGCUUGGCGGUGGCAGUGGCCAUAGGUGGCUUACAUUUGUUGGCAUGCUCGCUAGGUUCUGUUGGCUGUGUGCAAGGAGCAAUUCUCUAGUGGCAGACCGAAUGUUUUUACGAAGAACAAAUGAAACAGUCUCUUUCUUCCAUCUUUUAUUUCCCCCACCCCUUAUUUUUUAUCCCUGCCCCUGCACAAUGGGAUAAAUAUGGAGCGUGUGACAGGUAGUUAUGGUACAGUACCAUUACAUUAUAAUUUUUACAUCAUGCACUCAUGGUAUUCCUUUGAAGACCCCAAGCUGCAAAUUAACAGCGUUUUUUUUUUUUUCUUCCUGCCACAGUAAACAAGUAUGAUAUUGACUUGUUGCAAACUUAUUGUAGAAGCCCAUCUUGUAUACUUAGGUGGGUUUGUAUCUCCUCUAUUUUUUUUUUUUUUUAUUAUUUCAAGUGCAUUGUAUAUAAGCCAUUCACUCAUUGUUGGUCUGCUGCAGUUUUAGAAGCGCAUAGCCUUUUGAAUAAAUUCAAAAGCCAUGGUGGCGUUAUUUGAAAACAAAAAAUUGAUUUUAGUGUAUUGUGUAGUAGUUUUAGCAGCCACAAAGCCUUGUUAAAAUGCCUACGCUCGUAUCAGUUUUACGAGUGGAAAUAAAGUGGUUUUCAUUUUGCACAA